AUGCUCCUCCUUCCGUCGCAGCCGGGAUCUCCACAGCUUGAAAUUCGGCGGCCACCGAAGAUCACAAAGGAGGUGAAGAUCACUCCGAACUUGAGACCCGGGAAAACAAGGGAUAAGACCAGGCGAAGCGACUUAGAGCAACAUCGGGCUGGAGAUGUCCCACCGCUCCCCAAGUUGCUAGCGGAUGGUCUGCCCCAGUUUCAUGAGAGAUGCUCCGGGGAGGUCUGGCUCGCCGAUGCCUCGGCAGAAGUACGAGAGAUCCUUCCCAUAACCGGAACGCUCGAGCCGCUCCUCGUAGAUCGAACCAAGGCCGAGGCCUCCCUCGUCUUGCCCGUCCCUCCCGUCCCUUCCGUCCCUCCCGUCCCUCCCCUUCCCCCGGCCGCCUCAGCCACUGCGGCUUCGGAAGCUCAGAGCUCGGCCGCUCCGGCUCCCUCGGAGCCGGAGCCUUCGGAGCCGGAGCUUUCGGAGCCCACGAAGGCCCGGCGCGUGGGCGUCGUGAGCGUGGCGAACGCCGUGGCGGCGUCGGGCACGCACAACGUGCUGCUCGGACUCCGGGAUUUUUUCCACCGGCCGGCCCUGGCAGGGUCCAAGUUGAUCGGUAUCCGCAACCUCGCCAAAGUGCACGAGUUCGACAUCGACGACCGCUUUAACUACUUCCUAAACCAGGCAAGGCUACAGCCACAGCCAGCCGGCAGUGACCUCCUGCCGACCAUCCAUAUCCGCUGGAACAACAUGUUGCUGAAACAGGUGACUGAUAUUUGUGACAGCUUGCAGCUGAAUGGCUUGGUCUUCUUGUGCGGUCCCAGCGAGGUGCUAACUAUCGCAAGAAUCACCGAGCACCUCCAGAAGGAGCGGCCCGCCACCACUGUGGCUACUGUCCUUCACAGCGUGAGUGGUUGGGUUACACAACCGGAUUGGAUCCAGACAACCCUAGGCUUCGACAGUGCCUGCGCCGUCCUGAGCGAGGUCGCCGGCAACCUUUCGCUCAGCAGGCAAGCUUUGAACCGUGACAUCUACCACUUCGUUUCCUGCGGCUCGAGCACGCUGACAGUGGAGGUGGCCAUGCAGAUCAGGCCCACCCUCUGCUAUGUUGGCGAAGAGCUCUUGCAGCGCGAGAUGACGUUAGAGAUGAUUCUCGAGGAAAUUGUGGAGGUUAUCGUCACGCGCCACCACGACUACUGUUUGCAUGCCGGCGUCAUCAUGAUUUCCGACGAUUUCUUCCCCAAGCUGUAUCAGACCAGACUGCUCCGUCGCGAGAUGCACAGGCUACGCUGCGAGAAGCCUGCCGAGCUGUGUUCGGAGGAAGUUGCCUUGAGGAUGCUGCCUGAAGCGUUGGCUAAGUACUACGCGCUGCUGCCCUCUGAUGCGCAGAACGCCCUGGUCUUCAGGACCGAUGGGAUUGAUGGCCUUCCGACGUUUCCGUUCAUGGAAGCAGAGCGGGUUGUCGCUGCUCUUGUUGCGAGACGCCUUGCGCUGAGAGGGAAAGAGGGCAAGCGAACCGUCACCUGCUUCGAGCAGCAUCCACAUAGCUUGAGGCACAUUGCUUUGAGUCCGAUGCCGACGGUGUUGGACUGCAAGCUGGGCUACUCAUUGGGUCAUGUUGCAGGGGCACUUAUCGAACAGCAGCAAACGGGCUAUAUGGCGAAUGUUCGAAACAUCCAGAAGGACACCAUCGAUUGGCAGCCAUGUGCGAUCCCUCUGGCACGGCUGCUAAAGCCGUCUCCCGAUGGUCCGCAGCUGGAGCCUAUUGCCAAGCGGCGGCAGUUGAACAAGCAGGAAGAUAACGCUUUCAAGCUCUUCGCGCUGGUGCGCGAGAAGUGGCGAUAUGCCCACAGCUACAGGCAGCCUGGACCGUUGCAGUAUUGGAGCCCGAGUGGUGCCUAUGGCUAUUCAUGGUGGACUUACACACUUCGCGCCGAGCUCUUUGGCACGAAGGACCUCGAGCAUGAGUUGAUCAAGGAAAGCGACGAGUCAGGUUGCGCCGAUCUCCCGGACCCGUCCAAGGAGCCGCAGUACGCGAUUGAGAGUGGAACAAUGCGAUUGGUAAGGAGGCAAAUGAUCAUGCUGUCUCCGCUACAGAAAUCGCGACUUGGGUACCGGCCGAACUUGCCACUGGUGCUGCAGGGGCCCAACCGCCUCGCCGAAGAAUACCGCAAGGGCCGCGUGUGUCCUGAUGAAGAUCUGCUGCGGAAAUGUCUUCCAAGCUUAGCCGGCUCGGGGCACCACAAGGAAGCCAAGUUGGAGGUGAUGCCGGAUCAGGAGCUGAACGUGCUUCAACUGCUGCCGGAGAAACCCAAGCGUGGAAUGACGAGAGAUGAUUCCUUGCAAGGGAUCUCCAGCCACUCAGAAGGGAACCUUCCGGCACAAGACAGCCCUUCAAGCUCUGGCGCUGAUGCCGGCAAAGGCUCGAGCUCGGCGAAGGCCAAUCCGGUGUCGCCCAAGCCGCAAGAACCCAUUUCUCCCCUGCUGGACAAAUUCGACCUGCGUCGAUUUCACCAGCGCAUCGGCCUCGUGCUGAUUGGGCGAUCUGGACCUGGUGUGAACAAUGUCCUCAUGGGCCUCUUCGACUAUCUGCAGGUGUGGAGCGGCACCGUGGUGUGCAUCACCAUGGGCCUCGCUGGGCUUGUGAACGGCUACUCCUUCGAGCUUACCGAGGAGUUGCUGGCUCCGCACCGGAACCAGGGAGGGUGCGACCUCCUGGGUCAGAGCCAGCCCGAGGACAUCGCAAAGCUGGGUGGCGAGCUGCAAUCUUGUGCCAGCACCUGCCGGCGGCUGAAGCUGGAUGGACUUGUGGUUUGGGGAGGUCGAAAUGUCCACUCUUGGACAGCCCGCCUUGCCGAGUACUUCGCCGAGCACAAGGCUCGGACAUGCGUUGUUGGUGUGCCGGCCAGCGUGCAGUCCGACCUGCCAUUAAUCGAGCAGACGCUUGGUUACGACACUGUCUGCAAGCUCUACUCGUCCAUCGUGGGCAAUCUGGCCAUCAAGGCUGCUUCGUCGGGAUCGAUUUGGUGCUUCGUGCGGAUUCCCGGGCGGUCGAUCUCCCACAUUGCGGCCGAGGUAGCACUGCUUACUCAUCCGCACGUGGUGUUGAUGUCGUCAGAUACUGGAAAUGAACAGCUGGGCCUGACGGACGUGACGCAGAUGAUCUGCAAUGUUAUUGAGAUCCGGAGCAAGGAGGGCAACAACAAUGGUGUGGUCCUCGUCCCCGAUCAGCUCCUGGCAUCAGUGUUUGAGAUGAAACAGCUUUUCCGGGAGAUCUACGAGAUCUACACCGCAUGUCCGGAGUGCUUUGCCAACCUGAACACCAAUGGCAUCAUUGACAUGCCUGUCGUUCAGCAUCUCUUGCCGGCGCCCCGGUACUCAAGGUUCAAGUCGAUGCCCGAGCGAGUUCGUGUGCAGAUUUGCCGCGUGGUGGUCGAGGGCGAGUUCUGUCGCGGAGGCAAUAUUGAUCUUGGCACGGUUGAGACAGAGGUCAUCUUCAAAAGCAUGGUGGAGGGCGAGCUCACACGACGCGUGGUCAUGGGCAAGUUCAGGGGCCCCUUCCAGGCCAUUACGUAUUCCCUGCCAUACCAAGCACGUGCAGCACUUCCAAGCAACUUCGACUGUGAUCUCGGAUACACGAUCGGCUACACGGCAGGAACCUUCGUCACGCAGGAGCGGACAGGCGUCUUGGUGGAUGUGACGAAGCUCAAGGAAGACGUCAAGCACUGGGAGGUGUUCGGCACACCCAUCUCGUCGCUCCUCACUUUCCAUGCCAGGGCCUGUGCUCCGGACCUCUGUCAAACUGCUUCCCAACAGACGGCUGUGCACACCGGAACUGAGCUGGGGUGA